GUCGCGCGGAAAAUCGUCGUGCGUCAAAAAUGGCGGGAGCGAGCGUCGUUGCGCUGAUACGCGCCGGGAUUGUGUGCGCCGAGACAUGAAUCGAUAAAUGGAUCCGGAGUGCAAAAGAGAGUGUGAAACAGGUGUUGAAGGCGUGUGUUAAGUAAAUCCAGUCCUUUCUCUGUGUGGAACUGAGUCAAAAUACUUACAGAGCUGCUCGUGGAACCGGUCCGCUCAGUCAUCGAUUAGCCCAGAGCUAUUUUCGGCGAUCACUUCGUCCACACGUUUUAACUUCGCGUAAUACCAACGAUGACACCGCGCGAUCGGAAGUUCACCGUUGCGGUCCCGAUCACGGCGAUCUCGGAGUGAAUCAUAGCCGCGAGAAUGUGGAUGCCGUGCGUUUACUCUGCCUGACUCGGCACGGUGGUGAGAAAAGAACAUGGAGAAACGAUCGAUAACACGUCAAUGCCGUCUCGUUUUGUCGCUCGUCACGUGGGCGGCAAUUUUGCCGAUCGCGGGCUGCCAAAGCGUCUGCCCCACCAGGUGUUUGUGCUAUCUCAAUCAAGCGCCCAGGAGCAUCGUGUGCUCGAAACAAGGAUUGCAGACAUUCCCCGAAAAUAUCAGUGAUAUUGUCGAACACUUGGACUUGUCGAGCAAUCUCUUAACCGAGGUCAGCGAGGAUGUGAAUCGAUUAACCGAGCUAUUAUACCUGAACUUGGCCAAAAAUCGCCUCACUUCUCUGCCAAGUGAUCUUGAACAGUUGGAAAAGCUUCAGAGACUAGAUCUAUCGGAGAACCGUAUCGCAUCCGUAGCAAAUAUUGCUUCUAUUAGCCAACUACCAUCUCUGGUGUUUCUAUACAUUUCAAGGAAUCAAUUACCUGCUCUAGAAGGGUUGACCAGCGAUGUACUUCGGGUGAUCGACGCAAGUCGCUGCCUUAUAAAAGAACUAGGUAACGCGUCCUUGAGUGGACUGUCAGCGCUGACCAAUUUGAACCUAGCGGGAAAUCCAUUGGGGUACAUCAGGAAACCUAUCAGUGCGACACUGAGAUCGUUGGACAUGUCUGAUUGCAACUUGAAUAUCCUAGAUCCAGAUACUUUCGUCGGACUCUCCGAAUUAGAAGAGUUACGAUUGGUCAAUAAUCCUGCACUGGUGUAUUGCACUCGGUACACGACCAUACAGCACGCGAAGCUCAAGAGAUUCGACGUAUCGAGAUGUAGACUCGACAGACCCGGGCUCCACGGCCUCCCGUCGUUAACGUACGCUCGUCUUUCUCAUAACGCAAUUAGCAUGCUACCGAAUCGCAUUUUCGCCAAGAACAAACAGCUGACGCAGUUGUACAUGGACGUGAACCAUUUGCAGAAUGUAAAUACCAGCAGCUUCGAAGGCUUGACGAAGCUCCAGAUAUUAGAUCUGUCCAUGAACGGCAUCAAUUAUAUACACGAGUUAGCAUUGCACGAUAAUAUAAUUCUCAAAGUUCUGAAUCUUUCUUACAACGAACUGCAGACAGUACCGAGACUAACGACGACCGCUAUGUCGUUGGAUGUGUCUUUCAAUAAGAUUAGCAAACUCAGAGCAAACUGUCUGGAGAACAUGCCCAGAAUCAGGAAUCUGUAUUUGAAGAAUAACGAAAUGCAGGUGUUGCCGCGUCAUUUAACAGCGGCGACUUUGCGAAUACUGGACUUGCAAAGGAACAGACUUGUGGGAUUGCACAAUAAAAGUUUCACUGAUUUACCAUCAUUGCGACAGAUUGACUUGUCAGGUAACCGUUUGACGGAAGCGAUAAACCCCGACAUAUUUGAAAACAAUCCGUCAUUGUCCUUGGUACUCUUGGAGGAUAAUCCAUGGCGAUGCGACUGUGCGCAACUCUACGUGACUUACCAGUUUCUGACAGAUCCUCCUCCGAGAACGGCAGGAUCCACUCUGCUUUGCCAGAGCCCGGCGAACGUAUCCGGCUACUCGUGGGAAGCCGCGUGUUUCGACGUUUGGAACGAUUACUUGCGUCCUAGUCCGCACAACGCUACUUGGAGAGUAGUUGUGAUCGGCAUACUCAUUGCGUUUGUCCUGUUUGGCAGUGUGGUGUCCAUCAGAUACACCAUAAAGAUGAAAAGAAGAGCCAACGAGCACAGGCGGCAACUCGAGAGAAUACACGUGGAAGCCAUCGAGAGAUCGCGAUUUGCACAAACAAGAAAUCAACGCGUGAGCGAAGAUCUCCAAGAGCACUUGGAGCGCUCGGAGCGUCCGCCGGAGCCCAGAAUUCAUCCUCUGGAAAUUAUCGGUCCGCCUACUUACGAAGAGGCAGUCCAUAUGCCCAGAAUGGUGCAUUCCAUGGACGCACUGAACGAGAUCGUCGUCGAAAACAGCAGCAUGAAUGUUAUUAUGGGAUCCGUGGAUAACCUGCGGAUGAAGAAGAGGAGAGCGCGGCGACCCAGAAAACGAACCCAGAGCGAGGACGAUCUCCUCAGAAGAGAGGAACGUCGGCAUGUGCGGCUUCGAAGGGAGAGGAACUCCAUCGGCUAUAUCCUCGACGUGGAUCAGCCGCAGAACAAUACGAAUCCCAAUAAGAAUCCAAGGAGCAUGCGCAGGUCCAGGAGACACAGCGUCGCGGACGAGUCCAUCGAGUCCAGCAGCAGCAGGGACAGGCCAAGGCCGCAGACGCCCAACUCGAGGAAGAGAAAGAGGAAACUGAUGAUCAGAAACGAACAUGUGACCGACGACGAGGACUCCGACAUGCCGACAUUGGGUUCCAGCAAAUCCGUCGUCAUCAAGGAGCUCAAACGAGAACCCAGAAGCGGCUAUAGAGAAUCAGUCGCGAGACACGAGUCUUGACAUUUGGACUGUCUUCAGCAUGUAUAUUCUGUGAGCGCAAUAAGUUACGAUAUAUUUAAUAUAACUUGAAUGGUUUCAUUUAAAUUGUUCCGAGUAACGACCGUGUAAUUUUUCCUUAGGGCAGAAAUGGAAAAACUGAAAAGUUUCAUGUUAAUUCGACGAUUUUAGCGAUCAUGUAAUUUCUCAAACUGUAGGAGUCUGUGAAACUUUUCACGUGAACUUGUUUACCUUGAAAGCUAACGGUGAAAAGAUGGGAAUUAAAUGAAAAAUUAGGUAUUUUUAGAUGUUGAUAUAGUAUAUUCUCAUUAAUAUUCAUGAAACAGAGUAAUGUUCAUGGCUGUUUGUAACCUUUUUCAAAAACAAGUAAUACGGCAUUCCAAUUCAACACAUUUCAUUUAUCAUAUCAUUUUGUUUAAAGAUAUUGAAUACCGACAUAUGCAAUUUCAUAUUUUGCACUGUUUAUCUAAUAAAAAAUUUUUUUAAAUUUGUUACAUCGGUUAUAUAGGAUAUUUAUGUAGGAUUCGUCAUAUAAAACAUUUGUAUUUUCAUCCUGCAUAAGCAUUUGCUAUUAAACAAAUAGACAACAAAACAAAAAAACAUGUUGAUUUAUCUUGCCAGAAGCGAGAAAAUAUACGCUUAAAAGCAAAAAUACAUAAAAAUAAAAAGAUAUAUUCAUAAAAUGACAUUUACAUUUU